CAAACAUCUCUGAAUACAAAAAUUGGAGAAGUAUUGCUCCAAAUUAUCCUUCUAAGAGAAAUACAGAUAGUGUCAUGAGAUAAACGAUGAAGCAAAUAUCCCAGUCUUCAUGCAGCUACAAAACCAGCAGGUUAGCCAUGCUACCAUCAGGUUGUGCCCUCGUGAUGCUACUCUCUUUGGCCUCUCUUGCCAUCUCAUGCACCGAGCAGGAGAAGAGAUCCUUGCUCCAGUUUGCCGCUGAGCUCUCCCACGACAGUGGCCUCACCGGUUUGUGGGUGAAUGACACAGAUUGUUGCAAAUGGGAAGGGGUCACUUGCAGUUCAAAACGGACUGUGACCGAUGUCUUCCUGGCUUCUAGGAGCCUUCAGGGGCACAUCUCAACGUCCCUUGGCAACCUCACCGGCCUGCUGCGCCUGAACCUAUCCCACAACAUGCUGUCCGGAGGCCUACCGAUGGAGCUGGUGUCCUCCAACAGCAUUGUUGUCCUCGACGUCAGCUUCAACCAGCUCAACGGUGAUCUGCAAGAGCUACAAUCUUCAGCACCUGUCCGGCCUCUGCAGGUACUGAACAUCUCAAGCAACUUGUUUACAGGGCGCUUUCCAUCGACCACAUGGGAGGUGAUGAAGAGCCUGGUUGCGCUCAAUGCCAGCAAUAACAGCUUUACCGGCCAGAUACCAACCAUGUUCUGUGUCAGCGCGCCGUCGUUUGCUGUGCUUCAACUCAGUUACAACCAAUUCUAUGGAAGCAUCCCUCCAGGACUUGGUAAUUGCUCCAUGCUGACAUCUCUCGACGCUGGGCACAACUACAUCAGUGGGACUCUUCCUGAUGAACUCUUCAAUCUUACCUUGUUGGAGCACCUCUCUUUUCCUAGUAAUCAGUUAGAAGGAUCUCUCAGCAGCAUCAACAAACUUACAAAUCUGGCCACCCUUGAUCUUGGAGGGAAUAGUCUCAGUGGAAAUAUCCCAGACUCCAUAGGUGAGCUCAAGAGAUUAGAAGAACUUCAUUUGGACCAUAACAGCAUGUCUGGGGAGCUUCCAUCAACUAUGAGCAACUGCACAAAUCUCAUAAUCAUCGACCUCAAGAGCAACAGUUUCAGCGGAGAACUCACAAAUGUCAAUUUCUCCAACUUGCCCAAUCUAAAAAUCUUCGAUCUUUUGCAGAACAAAUUCAAUGGCAUAAUUCCAGAAAGCAUCUAUUCAUGCAGCAAUCUAACAGCACUGCGGCUAUCUUCGAAUAAGUUCCAUGGCCUGUUGUCAGAAAGAAUUUGCAGUCUGAAGUCCCUCUCAUUCCUAUCACUUGUUAACAACUCCCUUACAAAUAUCACAAAUGCACUUCAGAUUUUUAGGAGUUGCAGGUACCUGACCACCUUGCUAAUUGGGAAGAACUUCAUGCACGAGGCCAUGCCAGAAGAUGAUAGAAUUGAUGGUUUUGAGAAUCUUCGGGUUCUUUCCAUAAGUAGAUGUUCAUUGUAUGGAAAUAUACCUCCUUGGUUAUCGAAGCUCGGAAAUUUGGAGGUGCUAUUUUUAUACAACAAUCAACUAACUGGACCAAUACCUGACUGGAUAAGCAACCUAAACUUCCUCUUCUAUAUAGACAUAUCCAAUAACAGCCUUACAGGGGAAAUUCCAACAGCCUUAAUGGAGAUGCCAAUGCUAAAAACAGAAAAGGUUGCACCAAAGGUCUUUGUGCUGCCUGUUUAUAGGACUCAAUCACUUCAAUACCGCAUGACCAGUGCUUUCCCUAAAUUGCUGAAUCUAGGCAACAAUAACUUCACUGGCGUGAUCCCCAAAAAGAUUGGCCAGUUGAAUGCACUCCUUUCACUCAAUUUGAGCUUCAACAGUUUAUCUGGCGAGCUCCCACAGUCAAUCUGUAAUCUCACAAACCUCGUGUUGCUGGACUUGUCUGGCAACCAUCUAACAGGUGCAAUACCGACCGCUCUAGACAAUCUUCACUUCCUUUCUCAAUUCAACAUCUCUAAUAACGACCUCGAAGGGCCUCUCCUAAUCACCGGCCAGCUUAGCACGUUCCCAAGUUCCAGCUUUGAUGGGAACCCAAAGUUGUGUGGUCCUAUGCUUGCUCACCACUGUGGUUCAGCAGAAACAGUUUUCUCCACAAAAGUGACAAAACAAACUGAUGAAAAGGUCAUCUCUGCAAUUGCCUUUGGUGCAUUCUUUGUUGUAGGAGUGCUGUAUGAUCAGAUGGUGUUAUCAAAGUAUUUUGGCUAGUCCUACUUCACUACUUCAGUUUACAUAUGGGUUUAUUAAGAUUUUUGGCUAUUCAGAUUCAGAAACAUCUCCAGUCCACCAUAUUUAGCUCACAUUCAGGUUUAGAAAAAAUGUAACUGGAAGUGAUUCAAGGAUGAACACUGAUGAGUGAUCCCUUUGAUGGAGAUGAAAAAGUACGCAGCAAUGUGAGAUCUAAAUGUGUCAAUACUUCAAUCUUGUCGGGAUCCUGUGUAAUUUUAAUCUCCCUAUUUAAUUUACUUGAUGAAAAAUUAAUGCAUUUAAACCAUGCUAAAUUUAAACAAAAUGAAAUGUAGCAUUAGCCAUAAUCUGUAGUGUACAGGACAGCAAGUGAAAAUCCUUGACAAGCGAAAUCAUCUUUUCUGCACACAAAUCGGCAGGAAAUAGGAUGAUAUAGGAUUACAAGGAGAGAAAACAAUCGAACAGAUCUUACAAGAGAGCGUCCCACCGAGGUGCUCAGCAACAAGACCCUCGCUGGUUACGCGCGCGUCCCCGGUUUUCCCCUGCACCUUUCCGAAGGAUGUACCUCGGGAGCGCGUGUCGUCGGGCCUACUGCCCCGGACUCUGGCAGCCGUCUGCCGGCGCGAGCGGCGCACUCUGAGGGCCCAGCCGCGGCCGCCGCCGUUGCGCCUGUCGCCGCGAAUCGCUCGCUGCUUGCGCGGUUCGUCUGCUUGGAGGUGAGU